UGGCUGUUGGACGGCUUUUGCCAGUCGUGGUGCUUUGUGUAGUGGGUUAAAGUCGUUCUUGAGAGGGACGUCUCUGUCCGAAGAGAAAAUGAGUUUAGCUCUGAGAAAUGAGCUUGUAGUAGACAAAACAAAAAGGAAAAAAAGAAGAGAACUCUCUGAGGAACAGAAGCAAGAAAUUAAAGAUGCUUUUGAACUAUUUGAUACUGACAAAGAUGAUGCAAUAGAUUAUCACGAGUUGAAGGUGGCAAUGAGAGCCUUGGGGUUUGAUGUGAAAAAAGCUGAUGUACUGAAGAUUCUCAAAGAUUAUGACAGAGAAGCCACAGGGAAAAUCACCUUUGAGGAUUUUAAUGAAGUUGUGACAGACUGGAUAUUGGAAAGAGAUCCACAUGAGGAAAUACUGAAGGCAUUUAAACUUUUUGAUGAUGAUGAUUCAGGUAAAAUAAGCCUGAGGAAUUUGCGACGUGUUGCUCGAGAAUUGGGUGAAAACAUGAGUGAUGAAGAACUUCGUGCUAUGAUAGAAGAAUUUGAUAAAGAUGGUGAUGGAGAAAUAAAUCAGGAGGAGUUCAUUGCUAUUAUGACUGGUGACAUUUGAAGAUUCGUAAGAAUAACAACUAAAAAUGUUGCAGUUAACCAUCUUAAAUAUAUUAUGCCUGGAGCCAGGGAAAGAAAGAAGCCAACUUAGUUCUUUUUUUGCAAAAGGACCAAAAAUAAGCAUCUCAUGUAUUUGUAUUUUACUACUGUUACGUUUCUUUGUAUAAACGGUGUUGUUAGUAUUCAAAUAGUUCAGUUUUGUAUUUAUAGUAUAACUUUUAUAUAAAGUUUAAACAAUUAAAUCAUGUGAUACAGUUUCUUCUUUGGAAGUUUUUAAACUUAGUCACCUUUGGUGUACAAGUUUUUCAGCUCUUCACAUUAAUAAAAUGCUUA